CAAACGGGAACACUGCUUCCACUUCCAGAAACCUUAGUUCAGGUUGUGAUUAAAACCAAUAGCUUCCAAUUUGGCUGGGUUGUCAUUAAAGAUUAGAACUCUCCCCCCCUCCUUUCGUUCUGCGAUUUAGAUGCGGCCGUAGCAAAGGUGAGGCGAUUUGACGGGAAACUCGGGAAAGUUCAGUGACAGCUACGCACGAGAAGACAAAAAAGCGGGAAAGAUAUCAUGCAGAAUGAAUUUAAUCACCCCUAUGAAGAUGAGAUCAUAUGCUUACAAGAAGAGAUCCAAGAGCUUACUCAACAGUACAAGGAGGUUCAAACGGAAGCAGCCUUUUUAUCCAGUGCCAAAAUUAAACAGGCCUUGCAAUCCUAUAAUGGAAUAUUUAUCCCUGAUCAAGAGAGGAUUAAAGAUUCAGCAAAUUUGAUGACACAAAUUGAGGACUGUGAAAAAGAAUUGCAGUUUCUUAACAACUUAUCAGGACUCGAGUUUACCAAAUACUCAAAAAAGACAGAGCAGAAAUCUGAUGACCAAACUAUAUAUAAAUAUAGGCUUGUAGGUCAGUGUCAUUCUCUUUUGUUUCAGUUGGAGUUUCAAACCUUGGAAUCCAAGAGCAGUGAUAAUGCCUGUCCAUCAGUUAUUGACCUUAAUAUUAUCAUGGAAUGCAGAGAACAAUUUGACUUGAGCAAGUUUGUUUCAAGGAUGGAAGAAAGAAGAAAUCUGUUACUCUUUUUUCGUAGCCUUUCAAAUUUUGCAGAGUGGUGUGAACAUCGCAAAAACACCUUUGAACAAUUCAAGGAGAAGUAUCCGCUCGCUGUGGGACUGCCAGCUGGAGGCUCUGCUGAGUACAUGACUCUGAGAAAUCCCCAAAACCCAGGAUGUGAGCUGCUGAUCGUGUGGAAGAUUCACAUUGAUGACCAAGGGGCAGUGAUCCCCAUCUUGGAUUUAUUACCAAAAAUUCCAGAGCAAGCCCUGGCCCUGGAUACUAACGGAGCGGUGGAAGGAUCUGCCUCGGCCUUCAGAAAUCUCCUGCGUGUGUUUGGCAUCCAGGGCUCCAUUGAGCGGCUCAUUCACUCCUUCUGUUUGUCUGACUCAGAGGCCAGUGUGUGACGCAGAAUAAAUGCAAAACCAUCGCAACGUUGUCUCAAUGGCAUUUUACUGAAUAAAAAUCUUGUCCGUUUAUAAACAAUAUCCUCGCUCAUGCGCUAUGUACAAUACGUAUGGCACAUUAUAUAUAAUUUAUUAUACAUUGGAAAAUAAAUACAAGCAUUAAAUACAAAA